AUGUUCCGUAAUCAGUACGACAGUGAUGUGACCGUCUGGAGUCCACAGGGACGUCUUCACCAAGUCGAAUACGCUGUGGAGGCGAUGAAGCAAGGAUCCGCUACCGUCGGAAUCAAGAGCGACACACACGCUGUUAUCGUCGCCUUGAAGAGAGCUCAAAACGAGUUGUCAUCGCAUCAGAAGAAAAUUUACGAAAUUGACACUCACGCUGGAGUUUCCAUCGCUGGACUCCUCUCCGAUGGUCGCAUCUUGGCCCGAUUCCUCCAAACUGAAUGCUCCAGCUGGCGUUGGGACUACAAGCAGCCUGUGCCAAUCAAGAAACUUGCAGAGGCUAUGCAAUUGAAGUUGCAAGCAAACACUCAAUACUACGGACGUCGUCCAUUCGGUGUGGGAAUCCUUGUUGCUGGAUAUGAUAAAGACGGAGCACAUAUCAUUCAAACUGACCCAUCUGCUGAAGUGGUCAGCAUGCACGGAACUUCAAUCGGAGCCCGAUCUCAAUCAGCUCGUACCUACCUGGAAAGAAAUGUCGAGAAAUUCGAGAAAUCCUCUCCAGAAGAAUUGAUUGUGCACGCUCUAUUGGCUCUCCGAGAUACUCUCCCAGCGGAAGAAAACCUCAGCGCCCAGAACACCUCUAUCGGAAUCGUCGGAAAAGACGCUCCAUUCACUCUUCUUGAAGAUGGUCAAGUUGCCGUUCAUCUCAACCAAGUCUCCACUCACCCACGUACUACUGCUCAAGCUCAAGGCGACGCCGAGCCAAUGCAGAUGUAG